UCCGUCUUCAGGAGUCAAAAUAUCCUUGACGCUCGCUCUCAGCAUUUCCUUGCAAAAGCUUCCUCUUCCCUUUCGACGUCUCGCUCCGCAUGACGUUCAGGAUGUGACGAGCAAACUAACUAAUGUCUUACUAUUUCGAUGCUUUUAUGACUCAGGACAUUGCUUCCCAUAGUCUGGAGUGGACCUUUGCUAUCAUGCGCGCAUGUACAAUAGCGGUUUGUCAUUUCUGGUCAUGUUUUUCCGUCAAUGUUUUUGCUUCUCAGUUCGUCUUGGAUUUUAUCUCGUUGCAACGGCCUUGUACAAAAGUACGCUUAGCAGAGUAUCUAUAGUAGAGACCGAUUACGGCUCCAAUCCCGAUCCAGUCUGGAAAGUCCAUUGGCUCCCUAUUCUCUCAGCGAGGCCUGUUAGCCAACCCAGGGCUCUGCAGGGCACCAUAGGUUCACCUGUGAUGCAGAGGCUGCAAGACGGUCCUCCUGGAAGUCGGAGAAGUCUGUCUGAGAAACACAACGGCAGAACUAGGUUUCGCGGGAGCACAGGAAGUGGCUCCGGUUCGCGCGUUUCAGCUUUUCGUGCCACUCUGCACCACCAUGACCAGCGGGGCCGGAACACAUGACCUCUGUUAUCGCAGUGCAUCGGAUGAGUGCCCCGGUCCAAGACUCCGAGCCGCUCAUGGUUCUAGUGUAUCCUAGCGAGCAUGAUUGACUGAUUAGCA